GAAAGUGCAGCUGUGUGCUGUCGCCCAGCGUUUCUCUGGAGGGAGGCUGGGAAGGCUUUGGCGUCUUUGGGAGACCAAUAAACUUAAGUAUAACUGGUGUGUGGCAAAUCACAGAGUUGGAAUCAGACUGAGCCCCUUGUGAAUGAGCUUUUAAAACUUGCCAAAAUGGCGGACACUGGAGACGAAUAUGACGAGUUUGGAGAUGAGGAAGAUGAAGAAAUCAUGGGGGUGAUUACAACAACAACAACAACGACGUACUCUGAGCAGCACUCUAAGUCCUCUCAGUCUGGCUUGCCCACCAGGAAAGUCAGAAGGAAGGCUAAGGUCGAUACUUCCAAGUUUAUGACUCCGUAUCUGGCCCACAGCCAGAAGAUGCUGGAUCAGUACAGCCACAAUAAAUACCGCCAAGCUUAUGAGCUGUCCAGAGGGGAGCCUCCCGCUUUCACCCCUGACACCCCGGAAUUGAUUCGCAUCAGGAAGGCCCAGGAGCAGCUUAGUGAGGUGAAAUACCGCAUGGAGGGAAACAAGGCUCGGACAACCAGCUUGUACGGCGGUGACGCCAGAGAGGUGGUCCACGUCAAGCAUGUGUCAGAUCUGAUCAGCAAGGUUCUGUACAGACAGAAGUGGGAUGAGACGAAGGACAAAUACCUGCUGCCUCCCGACGCUCCUGAGCUGGUUCUGGCUGUGAAGAACGCCGCUAACUAUAGCAAGAGACUUUACACAGAAGUCUGGGACGAGGAGAAGACCAUGUACUACCCUUACAGCGACAGCCCUGAGUUGCGCAGGGUAGCCAAGGCUCAGGAGGUCCUCAGUGAUAUUAAAUAUAAGAAGGGACACGAUGAGCGCAAAGCCAAGUACACGUCCUUGCCCGAUCCUCCAGAGGUGGAGCUGGCCAAGAGAGUCGCCCAUCAGCGCAGUGACCUUAAAUACAAGGAAGACUACAAUAAAAACGUCAGGGGUCAGUGGUGUGAGACGCCUUACUUUGACGUCGCCAUCGCCAGGAUGGCAAUGGAUAAUCUCAGCGACAGAAAAUACACUCAAGAGUUUGAGAAUAUCAAAGACCAAAUCUACUUCAUGCAAACAGACACGCCUGUGUACGACGCAUGCAAGAAGGCUCGCAUUGCUGCUAGUGAGGUCCAAUACAAGAAAGAGUUUGAAAAGACAAAAGCCCAGUGUGACUACAAUACACUCCCCGCUACAGAGAAUCCGCUCCUGAGACAGCUCAGAUACGCCGGCACCAUCCUUAGUGAUAAAGUAUAUAAGGCCAGCUAUGAGAAGUCCAGGGGUUUCAGCAUCAACUACUGUGACACACCAAAGUUUCAGAUGGACUCAGUGCUUAAAAAGUUCUCUGAUAUGCGUUACAAAGAGAAAUAUGACAGAGAGGUAAAGGGACAUUAUAUCGGCAGCUAUGAAGACCUCUACAUGGUUCAUUGCCAGAAAGUUGAGGAAUUUAAGAACGAGCAAUUAUAUAAAGCGGAAUAUGAAGACAUAAAAACGAGAUGCUUCUUCCCUCAAACGGUCACACCUGAGUACGAGGCUACGAAGAAGCUUCAGCAGUGCAGUGACAAAACUUACCGGCAACAUCCCGACAAAGUGAAGUUUACACAAGUGGCUGAUUCGCCGGUCCUCAUCCAAGCCAGCAUCAACGCCAAGCAGCUAAGUGACUUGAACUACAAGGAAAAGUUUGAGAAAACAAAGUUCAAGUACAGCCUCCCCCCGGACUACCCCUUCUUCAUCCAGUCCAGAGUUAACGCCUACAACCUGAGCGAAAGCUGCUAUAAGUACGACUGGGAGAAAACCAAAGCAAAGAAGUUUGAAAUCAAGGGUGACGCCAUCCCAAUCCUGGCCGCCCGUGCUCACACAAACAUUGCCAGCGACGUUAAGUACAAAAAGGAGUACGAGAAGAACAGGGGACACAUGGUUGGAGCCCUCAGCAUUAAUGACGACCCCAAGAUCUUGCACUCGGUUCAUGUUGCCAAAAUCCAAAGUGAUCGCGAAUAUAAGAAGAACUAUGAAAAAAUCAAGACCAAGUACCACACACCACUGGAUAUGAUAUCAGUCACCCUGGCCAAGAAGUCCCAGGCAAUCGCCAGCAUGGCAGGCUAUAGGAAGAUCAGCCCCAACUACUUCCUGCCUUACGACAGCGUGCUGCUGGACACGGCCAAGAAAGCCAACGCCAUCCAGAGUGACAAUGAGUAUAAAGCUGAGUACAACAGCUACGUCAAAGGAACCCCAUGGGUCCCGUAUGGCUCCCUGGAUGUAGAAAAGGCAAAGAAAGCUGCUGAGAUUCUCAACGAGAGAAAAUACCGACAGGCCCCAGACGCGAUUCCAUUCACAGCCAUAGACGACCAUCCCAUCACGCUGCAGGCUAAAGUCAACCAGCUUCAGAGGAGUGAUCUGUUCUACAAGAGAGGUCUUGAGAAAAUCCAUCAAAAGUACUCUUUGCCUCCUGAUACUCCAGAGUUCCUCCAAGCCAAGUGUAAUGCCUACAACAUCAGCAAGAACUACUACAAGUACGCCUGGGAAGAGCUGAUCGCCAAAGGUUAUGACCUGAAGCCCGAUGCAAUCCCGGUUGUUGCUGCCAAAGCAGCCAGACACGCUGUCAGCAAUGUCCAGUACAAAAAGGCCUAUGAGAAGGCCAGAGGCCACCAUGUUGGCUUCCGCAGCAUCCAGGACGAUCCGCUCCUGGUCCACUACAUGAAAGUUGCUAAGAUACAGAGCGACAAGCUAUACAAGCAGGACUACCACAAGGCCAAACUGAAGUACCACUCUCCAGUGGACAUGCUGAGUGUGGCCCAUGCUAAGCAUGCCACAGCCGUGCAGACAUUUGCCGGCUACAAGCAGCACCAUCACAAUUACUUUCUUCUGCCUGACGCAAUGAACCUUCAGCUCGCUCGCACCAUGAACUACAACGUCAGCGAUAACUACUAUAAAAUGGAUUAUGAGACUUCGGUGAAAGGAAUUGGCUGGGUUCCAAUUGGCUCCCUGGAUGUAGAGAAGGCAAAGGCGGCGGCAGCGGCUCUAGAUGAGAAAAAGUACAGACAGCACCCUUCCACAAUCAAAUUCACCAGCGUUACGGACUCAAUGAACAUGGAGCUGGCCAAAGCAAAUGCCAAGAUCAUGAAUGUGAAAGAUUAUAAAGCCAGUGGGGAGAAGUUCAUGCACACUUACCAUCUCCCAGCCGACACCCCUGAACUGAUGCAAGCCAGGUACAAUGCUGUAAACAUCAGCCAGAACUUUUACACCUACGCCCAUCGCCAAGAUAUCCUCAAGGGACAUCACGUGAAGGAAGAUGCUAUUCCCGUUUUAGCUGCCAAAUCUUCAAGAGACAUUGCCAGUAAUUACAAAUAUAAGCUGGCUUACGAGAAGGCCAGAGGCCACCAUGUUGGCUUCCGCAGCCUGCAGGACGACCCCCUUCUGGUGCACUAUAUGCAAGUGGCGAAAAUGCAGAGCGACAAGAACUACAAGAAGGACUACCACAAGGCCAAGCUGAAGUACCACACCCCGGUGGACAUGCUGAGCGUGGUCCAAGCCAAGCAGGCCUCCACCGUUCAGACCAUGACUGGAUACAGGAAGGUCCCACACAGCUUCCUCCUGCUGCCUGACAACAUGCACCUGCAGCUGUGCCGCAACAUGAUGGAGAUUCAGAGUGACAAUGUCUACAAAUCGGAGUACAACAACUACUUCAAAGGUAUCGGCUGGGUACCGAUCGGUUCUUUGGAUGUUGAGAAAGCCAAGACAGCCAAAGCUGCACUGGAUGACAGAGGUUACCGCCAGCAUCCCAGCUCCUUCAAGCACACCAGCAAGACCGACGACAUGAACAUGUCUCUGGCUUUGGUCAACUCAAAGCUAAUGGACAAAACUGCGUACAAAGCGUCUGGUGAAAAAUUCAUGCACACCUAUCAUCUGCCAGCUGACAGCCCGGAGUUCCUCCAGGCUAAAUUCAACGCCCAAACCAUCAGCGAGAGUCUCUACAAGCAGCAAUGGGUGCAAGACAUUGCCAAGGGAUACGACAUGAAGCCUGAUGCUAUUCCCAUUCUCCAUGCCAAGCACGGCAGACAUAUUGCCAGCAAUGUCCAGUACAAGAAAGAGUAUGAGAAGGCCAGAGGCCACCAUGUUGGCUUCCGCAGCCUCCAGGACGACCCUCUGCUGGUUCACUACAUGGAGGUUGCUAGGAUACAGAGUGACAAGAACUACAAGAAGGACUACCACAAGGCCAAGCUGAAGUACCACACCCCGGUGGACAUGCUGAGUGUGGUCCAAGCCAAGCAGGCCUCCGCCGUUCAGACCAUGACUGGAUACAGGAAGAUUCCUCACAGCCACCUGCUUCUGCCCGACAACAUGCACCUGCAGCUGUGCAGACAUAUGAAUGUCCUGUCCAGUGAUGUCAAUUACAAAUCUGAAUGGAACGAAUUCAUCAGAGGCAUCGGAUGGGUACCGAUCGGGUCCCUUGGAGUUGAAACUGCUAAAGUUGGGGGUGAGAUCCAGAGCGACAGGAAGUACAGGCAGCAUCCGUCUAACUUUAAAUUCAGCAAGCUGAUGGACUCCAUGGACUUGGCCCUGGCUACUGCCAACAAUCAGAUCAUGAACAAGAAAGCAUACACCUCUGCUUGGGAUAAAGACAAACUGACCAUCCACAUCAUGCCAGAUUCUCCUGAAAUUGUCCUGGCCAAGGCAAAUGCUCAGACCAUGAGCAAUAAACUGUACAAAGCCGGCGUAGUGGAGAUGGCCAAUAAGGGCUACAAUCUCAAAGCUGACGCCAUUGCCAUCGUGGCUGCCAAGUCUGGUACCACUAUUGCCAGCAAUUACAAGUACAAGUUGGCCUACGAGAAGGCCAGAGGCCACCAUGUUGGCUUCCGCAGCAUCCAGGACGAUCCGCUCCUGGUCCACUACAUGCAAGUGGCGAAAAUGCAGAGCGACAAGAACUACAAGAAGGACUACCACAAGGCCAAGCUGAAGUACCACACCCCGGUGGACAUGUGGAGCGUGGUUCAGGCCAAGCAGGCCUCCGCUGCUCAGACAUUGAUUGGGUACAGACAGAUCCAGCACACCAACGCUCUCCUUCCCGACGCCAUGGGCCUGGAGCUCGCUCGCAACAUGAACUUCAAUUCGAGCGACUGGAACUACAAGGCUGAAUGGAACAACUACUUCAGAGGUAUCGGAUGGGUCCCCAUUGGCUCACUUUCAGUCGAAACGGCUAAAAUUGGCGGCGAGAUCCUGAGCGAGCACAAGUACAGGCAGCAUCCGUCCAACUUCAAGUUUAAGAAAUUAAUGGAUUCCAUGGACGUGGUUCUGGCUACGGCCAACAACCAGAUCAUGAACAAGAAAGCAUACACUGAAGCAUGGGAAAAAGACAAACUGAAAGUUCAUGUCAUGCCAGAUUCUCCAGAGAUUGUCUUGGCAAAGGCUAACGCCCUCACAAUGAGCAAUAAAUUGUACAAAGCCGGAGUGGUGGAGAUGGCAAAUAAAGGCUACAACCUCAAAGCUGACGCCAUUGCCAUCUUGGCUGCCAAGUCUGGUACCACCAUUGCCAGUAAUUACAAGUACAAGUUGGCCUACGAGAAGGCCAGAGGCCACCAUGUUGGCUUUCGCAGCAUCCAGGACGAUCCGCUCCUGGUCCACUACAUGCAAGUGGCAAAGGUACAGAGUGACAAGCUUUACAAACAGGACUACCACAAGUCCAAGCUGAAGUACCACUCUCCAGUGGACAUGUGGAGCGUGGUUCAGGCCAAGCAGGCCUCUGCUGCUCAGACAUUGAUCGGGUACAGACAGAUCCAGCACACCAACGCUCUCCUUCCCGACGCCAUGGGCCUGGAGCUCGCUCGCAAUAUGCAGUUUAUUGCCAGUGACAAUGAGUACAAGAAGGAGUACGAGAGCUACUUUAAGGGAAUAGGAUGGGUUCCUAUCGGGUCACUUGAUGUUGAGAAAGCCAAAACAGCCGGGCAGGUUUUCAGUGAAAAGCAAUACAGGAAGCAUCCCAGCAACUUUAAAUUCACCAAAGAUAUGCACUCUAUGGACCUGGUUCUGGCCACUGCCAACAACCAAAUCAUGGAUAGGAAAUCCUACACAAGCGCUUGGGAUAAAGACAAAACUAGCAUCCAUAUCAUGCCAGAUGCAAUGGACGUUGUUCUAGCCAGGGACAACAAGAAAAACUACAGUGAGAAACUGUACAAACUGGACAACGAACUGGCCAAGAAGAAGGGCCACAACCUUCGUGCUGAUGCCAUUGCAGUUCAGGCUGCCAAAGCCUCCACUGUUAUCGCAAGUGAUUACAAGUAUAAGACCGGAUACCGUAAGCAGGUUGGUCACCACAUCGGUGCCCGCUGCAUCCAGGAUGACCCUCUGCUCAUGCUGGCUCUGAACUCGGCCAAGAUCGCCAGCGACGCUCUGUACAAGAAGGACUUCAACAAGUCCAAGACCAAGUUCAACCUGCCUGUGGACAUGCUGGCCUUUGAGCUGGCCAAGAAGAACCAGAUUCAGGUCAAUCAUGCCAAUUACAUCACGCGUCUGCACAACUGGACUUGUCUGCCGGAUGCAAACGACGUGGUCCAGGCCAGGCAUGCGUAUGACAUACAGAGCGAUAAUGUCUACAAGGAGGAUUUGAAGAUGUUGCAGGGUGUCGGCUGGGUGCCAAUAGGUUCACUGGAUGUUGAAAAGGCUAAAACUGCUGGUCAGAUCCUGAGUGAAAAGAGUUAUCGCCAGCAUCCGAGCAACUACAAAUUCAAGAUCACUACUGAGGACAUGCCAAUGGUGCUGGCUAAGGCUAAUAAUCAGAUCAUUAACAAGAAAGCUUAUACUGAAGCCUGGGACAAAGACAAGACCACCAUCCAUGUGAUGCCUGAUGCCAUGGACAUUCUUCUGGCCAAAGCAAACAAAGUCAUCUACAGCGAGAAAUCGUACAAGCAGGCAAACGAAGAGGCAAAGAAGAAGGGAUAUGACCUCCGAAAUGACGCCAUUUCCAUUAUUGCAGCAAAAGCCUCCAGGGAUAUUGCAAGUGAUUACAAGUACAAGACCGGAUACCGUAAGCAGGUUGGUCACCACAUCGGCGCCCGCAGCGUUCAGGACGACCCUCUGCUCAUGCUGGCUCUGAACUCGGCCAAGAUCGCCAGCGACGCUCUGUACAAGAAGGACUUCAACAAGUCCAAGACCAAGUUCAACCUGCCUGUGGACAUGUUGAUUCUUGAAUUGGCCAAGAAAUGCCAGGUCCAGGUCAACGACUUCAACUACAGGACUCACCUGCACCAGUGGACUUGUCUUCCAGACUCCAACGACGUCGUUCAGGCCAGGCAUGCAUACGACCUACAGAGUGAUGCCGUCUACAAGGAGGACUUGAGGAUGUUGCAGGGUGUCGGCUGGGUGCCAAUAGGUUCACUGGAUGUUGAAAAGGCUAAAGUUGCUGGUCAGAUCCUGAGUGAAAAGAGUUAUCGCCAGCACCCGAGCAACUACAAAUUCAAGAUCACUACUGAGGACAUGCCAAUGGUGCUGGCUAAGGCUAAUAAUCAGAUCAUGAACAAGAAAGCCUACAAUGAAGCCUGGGACAAUGAGAAGACAAAGAUCCACAUCAUGCCGGAUGCCAUGGACGUCCUUCUUGCUAAAUCAAACAGUUAUUAUUACAGCUUGAAAAAUUACAAACAAGACAAUGAAGAUGCUAAGAAGAAGGGCUACAACCUGCGUGCUGAUGCCAUAUCCAUCAUCGCAGCCAAGACAUCCAGGGACAUUGCCAGUGAUUACAAGUACAAGACCGGAUACCGUAAGCAGGUCGGUCACCACAUCGGCGCCCGCAGCGUCCAGGACGACCCUCUGCUCAUGCUGGCUCUGAACUCGGCCAAGAUUGCCAGCGACGUUCUGUACAAAAAGGACUUCAACAAGUCCAAGACCAAGUUCAACCUGCCUGUGGACAUGCUGAACCUUGAACUGGCUAAGAAAUGUCAGGUCCAGGUCAACGACUUCAACUACAGGACUCACCUGCACCAGUGGACCUGUCUUCCAGACUCCAGCGACGUGGUUCAGGCCAGGCAUGCAUACGACCUACAGAGUGAUGCUGUGUAUAAGGAGGAUCUGAGAUUGAUGCAGGGUAUUGGAUGGGUCCCGAUAGGUUCCCUGGAUGUUGAGAAGGCGAAGAAAGCUAAUGAGAUUCUAAGUGAAAGGACCUAUCGUCAACACCCGAGCACGUUCAGAUUCAAGAGCACUACUGAGGAUAUGCCCCUGGCACUAGCAAAGGCCAAUGCUCAAGUUAUGAACAAGAAAGCUUACAUCGAAGCCUGGGAGAAUGAAAAGACAAAGAUCCACGUCAUGCCUGAUGCUAUGGACGUUCUUCUGGCCAAAGCAAACAAUGUCAUCUAUAGUGUGAAAAAAUACAAACAGGCGAAUGAAGAUUCCAAAAAGAAAGGCUACGACCUGCGCGGUGACGCCAUUUCCAUUAUUGCAGCCAAAGCAUCCAGAGACAUUGCCAGCGAUUACAAGUAUAAGACCGGAUACCGUAAGCAGGUCGGUCACCACAUCGGCGCCCGCAGCGUCCAGGACGACCCUCUGCUCAUGCUGGCUCUGAACUCGGCCAAGAUCGCCAGCGACGCUCUGUACAAGAAGGACUUCAACAAGUCCAAGACCAAGUUCAACCUGCCUGUGGACAUGUUGAACCUUGAACUGGCUAAGAAAUGCCAGRUCCAGGUCAACGACUUCAACUACAGGACUCACCUGCACCAGUGGACUUGUCUUCCAGACUCCAACGAUGUCGUCCAGGCCAGACUUGCGUACGACCUGCAGAGUGACGCCGUCUACAAAGCCGACCUGAAGUGGCUCCAGGGUCUGGGCUGGGUCCCCAUUGGUUCCCUGGAUGUGGAGAAAGCCAAGAAAGCUGCAGAGGUUCUGAGUGACAGGAAGUACCGCCAGCACCCCAGCACAGUAAAAUUCACCAGUCCCAUCGAUGCCAUGAACAUUGUGCUGGCAAAGAACAAUGCAACGACAAUGAACAAGCGCCUCUACACUGAGGCAUGGGAGAACGAAAAGAUCAAGCUGCACAUCCAACCUGACACUCCUGAAAUUGUCCUCUCUCAACAAAAUGCCAUCAAUAUGAGCAAGAAACUGUACAAACAAGGCUUUGAGGAAACCAUCAGAAAAGGCUACUUCCUUCCUCCAGACGCAGUUUCUGUCAAGGCUGCUAAGACCUCCAGGGAGAUCAUCAGUGAUUACAAGUACAAGACUGGAUACCGUAAGCAGGUCGGUCACCACAUCGGUGCCCGCUGCGUCCAGGAUGACCCGCUCAUCAUGCUGGCUCUGAACUCGGCCAAGAUCGCCAGCGACGCUCUGUACAAGAAGGACUUCAACAAGUCCAAGACCAAGUUCAACCUCCCAGUGGACAUGUUGAACCUUGAACUGGCUAAGAAAUGCCAGGUCCAGGUCAACGACUUCAACUACAGGACUCACCUGCACCAGUGGACUUGUCUUCCAGACUCCAACGACGUGGUUCAGGCCAGGAAGGCCUACGACCUCCAGAGUGACGCUGUGUACAAAGCUGACAUGGAUGAAGUGAUCGGUGUUGGAUGGGUGCCGAUCGGUUCGCUGGAUGUGGUGAAAGCCAAGAAUGCCUCCAAGAUUCUCAGCGACCGUCUCUACAGGCAGAAACCAGACACAUUUAAAUACAAAACCGAUAUGACUGCCAUGCCCUUGGUCUUAGCCAAAACAAAUGCAGAGACCAUCAAUAAGAAAAAUUACAUUGCUGCAUGGGAAGUAGACAAAUUAAAGACUCAUAUGAUCCCAGACCUUCCUGAAAUCCUGCUUUCCAGAUCUAACGCUUACAACAUCAGCAAUAAAAAUUACAGAGAAGGUGUCGAGACUAUGUUCAGAAAGGGCUACCACAUGAUGCCUGACGCUGUUUCCGUUAUUGCCGCUAAACACGGAAGAGAAAUCAUCAGCGAUUAUAAAUACAAGACAGGAUACCGCAAGCAGCUCGGUCACCACAUCGGAGCGCUCAGUUGCCAGGACGACCCGCUCAUCGUGCUGGCUCUGCACUCAGCCAAGAUCGCCAGCGAUGUUUUGUACAAGAAGGACUUCAACAAGUCCAAGACCAAAUUCCACCUGCCUGUAGACAUGCUGAAUCUGGAGCUGGCCAAGAAAUGCCAGAUCCAGGUCAACGACUUCAACUACAGGACUCGCCUGCACAACUGGACUUGUCUGCCGGACUCCAACGACGUGGUCCAGGCCAGGAAGGCCUACGACUUACAAAGCGACGCUGUGUACAAGGCCGACAUGGAAUGGGUCAAGGGAAUGGGAUGGGUGCCAAUUGGGUCGCUGGAAGUGGAAAAAGCCAAGAAAGCAGCAGAGAUCCUGAGUGACAUUAAGUACCGGCAGCAUCCCAGCCAAUUCAAGUUCACUGCCAAGACAUCAGAUAUGCCAUAUGCUCUGGCGCAAGCUAACGCCCAGACUAUGAACAAGAAAGCGUACAUCGAGGCCUGGGAGAAGGACAAGCUCAACCUGCACAUCUUACCUGACACUCCAGAGAUCCUGCUGGCAAAGCAGAAUAAACUCAACACCAGUCUGAAAUAUUACCGUGAAGGUUUUGUCGAUGCCAUCAACAAGGGCUACUUCCUCCCCAAAGACUCCAUUUCUGUACUCGCAGCCAAAACGUCCCGCGACAUCAUCAGCGACUACAAAUACAAGGCUGGUUUCCGCAAGCAGUGCGGCCACCACAUCGGUGCUCUGAGCGUUAAGGACGACCCGCUGAUCAUGCUAGCCGCUCACGUGGCCAAGAUCUCCAGCGACAACAUCUACAAGAAGGACUUCAACAAGACCAAGACCAAGUACAACCUCCCAGUGGACAUGCUGACCAUCGAACUGGCCAAGAAAUGCCAGGUCCAGGUCAACGACUUCAACUACAGGACUUACCUGCACCAGUGGACCUGCCUGCCGGACUCCAACGACGUCGUCCAGGCCAGGAAGGCCUACGACCUCCAGAGCGACGCUGUGUACAAAGCUGACAUGGAGUGGAUAAAGGGCUGUGGGUGGAUGCCACACGAGUGUGUAGAUGUUGUAAAGGUGAAGCAUGCACAGAAGAUUCUCGCUGAUAGAGGCUACCGGGUCAAGCUGGACGAACAGAAGUUCACCGUUCCCACCGAUAGAGUUGACUUGGCCUGCGCCAAGAAUGCUGCUGAGGUCUUAAACGAGGCCAAAUACCGCGAGGCUUGGCACCAGGAUAAGAUCAAUUACUCUUUGGUCGACACUCCCGGUCUCGCUACGGCCAGAGAGGUCGCUAAAAAUAUUCACCCGAAACUGUACACUGAAGCGUGGGACAAGGUGAAAGCCACUGGAUACUUCAUGCCUGGAGACGCCUUACCGAUUAAACAGUGCAUCAAUACGACUAAAGUGCAGAGUAAGCAUAAGUACCUAGAGUCGUACCGCAAGCAGGUCGGCCACCACAUCGGAGCCCUGAGCGUCAACGACGAUCCUCUCAUGGUGUUGGCCAUAAACUCAGCCAAGAUCGCCAGCGACGCUCUGUACAAGAAGGACUUCAACAAGUCCAAGACCAAGUUCAACCUSCCWGYDGACAUGYUGAMCCUUGAACUGGCYAAGAAAUGCCAGRUCCAGGUCAACGACUUCAACUACAGGACUUACCUGCACCAGUGGACCUGCCUGCCGGACUCCAACGACGUCGUCCAGGCCAGGAAGAUUUACGAGCUCCAGAGCGACAACGUCUACAGGGCUGAUCUGGAGUGGAUUCGGGGCUGCGGCUGGGUGGCGGCCGACUCUGUCGAUCACGUCAAAGUCAAGAAAGCCCAGGAAAUACUCAACGAUAGGCUUUACAAGCAGAACGCCAAAGAAUGCUUUGGAAAAUUCAGCCUGAUCGUUGAUCGUCCCGAGAUCAUUUUGGCAAAAAUAAACGCCGCCAACCUCAGCGACCUCAAAUACAAAGAGACUUUCAAUGCAGAAAAAGGUCAUUAUAUCGGCUCAGAGGACACGCCUCAGCUGGCACAUAGCAGGGAAAUGGGCAAGACCAUCAGUGAGAAACUUUAUAAAUCGCAAUGGGACAGCACUAAAGCUGCAAGCUACAGCCUGAACCACGAAUACAUCCCGUUACUGAGCGGCAAGAAGGGCAGGGAGAUUGCCAGUGACGUGAAGUACAAGGAUUCUCAUGAAAAAGCCAAGGGCCACUACAUGGCUGGGACCCUGGUCGACUUCCCCGAGGUGAUGCGCUGCGGCCAGCAGGAGAAGAACAAGGGACUGAGGGUCUACCAGAAGAACUACCACCAAACCAAGACCAAAAUCCACCUCCCAUCUGACAUCAUCGCUAACCGGGUGGCCAAGCGCUGCCAGGACAUGUUGAGCGACGUCCUGUACCGCACCCACCUGCACCAGUGGACCUGCCACCCAGAGCAGGAGGACGCCAUCCGAGCCCGGAAGACCAACGAGAUUCUCAGCGACGUGUUCUACAAGGACGACCUGAACUGGAUGAAGGGCAUCGGCUGCUACGUCUGGGACACGCCAGAGAUUAUUCGUGCUAAGAAAUCCUACGAGCUGCAGAGUGAACGUAAAUACAGAGCUGACGCCAAGAAAGAGUUUAACAACUACUCCAUUGUGACCGACACCCCUGUGUACGUGACCGCCAUCCUGGGUCACACCUGGGCCAGUGACCUGAACUACAGGGAGGCUUAUCACAAGGAGAAGCACAUGUACACCACAGUUCUGGACACGCACGAUUAUGCCAGAUGCCACGAUUUCAAAUUGUUCUUCAGCAAUAAAAACUACACAGCCGCCUGGGAUAAGAUUAAGGCAAAGAGCUACAAGAUCCCAGCUGACUCCAACGCCUUGCAACACGCCAAACAACAGAAGGUCGUUCUCAGCCACGUCAAGUACAAGGAGGAUUAUGAAAAGUUCAAGUCCCUCUACAGUCUGCCAAAGUCACUCGAAGACGAUCCUGCUACUGCUCGUUGCGUCAAGGCCGGAAAGUUGGUUCUGGAUCGUCUGUACAAGGAGAACUACGAGAAGACUAAGGCCAAGAACCACAUCCCGCCGGACAUGCUGGAGAUCCUGUCCGCUCGCAACACCCAGUCCACCGUCAGCGGCAUCCACUACCGCAAGUAUCUGCACCAGUGGAUGUGCAUGCCUGACAUGCAGAUGUACGUCCAAGCACGCAAAGUCAACGAGCAGCUCAGCGACAUCUUCUACAAGGACGACCUGAACUGGCUGAAGGGUAUCGGGUGUUACGCCUGGGACACUCCAGAGAUCCUCCGUGUGAAGCAUGCUGGUGUCCUGCAGAGUGAGACCAAGUACAGAGCCAAAGGCAUUGAGUCGUUCAAGGAGUACAGCGUGGUGACGGACACUCCUGUGUAUGAAACAGCCAAGCAGAACGCUCAGAACCUCAGUGAUCUUCACUACCGUUACGAUUACAACGCCAAUGUCAAGGGCAAGCACACCUCCCCUGCUGUUACCAUGGAAACGGAAAGAGCCCGCCUGGCCAAUCACAUCCAGAGUGACAACUGGUACAAAGAGGCCAACAAGAGCUUCAUGCCCACUGGCUACUCUCUGCCCAGCGACACUCCGCUCAUCAAGCAGGCCAAGAUGAACAGCGUCGUCACCAGCAACGCGAAAUACAAGGAGGCCUUUGAGAUGGUGAAGGCUAAAGCUUACACUCUUCAUCCGGAAGGUGUCAACUUCGUCACCUCCAGAAAGGCUCACAAGAUCAUCAACGACCGGCUGUAUCGUGAGGCUUACCACAAGCAGAAGGACAAGAUCCACACAACCUAUGAAACUCCUGACUUCAAACAAUUCAAGAUGAACCAACAACACCUCAGUGACCUGUGCUACAAGGAGAAAUACUACAACAGCCGAGGCCAGCUGAUCUCCAUGCCUAUAACGCCCCAACUUAUGCACUGUCAUCAUGUCAAUGAGAUCACCAGCGAGCUGAAGUACAAAGAGGAUCUGAUGUGGCUCAGAGGCGUCGGCUGCUUCCUGUACAACACCCCGGAGAUGGUCCACGUCCGGAACAUCAACAAAUUCAGGACGAGCUACCCGUUGGACGCUAAGAAGAACCUGUCAAACUACACCGUGGUCCUGGAUACGCCUGAGUACAACCGCGUGACUGAGCUGAAGACUCACUUCAGUGAUCGCAUAUACAGAGCCCAGAGCAAGAAGGACAUGAUGAAAGUUUCCUCCAUUGCAGAUUCUUUGGACAUAAAGAGAGUCAAGUGGGCCCAGCAGCUGACUAACAAGUACCAGUACACAAGUCUGGCAUCAAAGGAGAGAACUCAUUUCACUCCAGAAAUGAACACUCCUAGUAUUCAACACGCAAGAAAAAUGAAAGUGGUUUUCAGUGAGAAUAAAUACAAAGCGCAAUAUGAAAAGAUGAAGCACAGGUACACUGCUAUCGCUGAUACGCCUAUCCUGAUCCGCUCCAAGAAAGCCUACAUGCAGUCUAGCAAUUUGCGUUACAAGGAAACCUUCGAGCUUUCCAAGGGCCACUAUCACACCGACAAGGACGCCCUGGACAUCGUGUGCCACCGCAAAUUCACUGACGACAUCAGCGAGGUGAAAUACAGAGAGAAGUACAUCAGCUCUUUGGGUACAUGGAAGUCCAUUCCUGACCGCCCCGAGUUCUUCUUCAGCAAGAUAGCCAACGAUAACAUCAGCAACGUGAAGUACAAGGAGGACUUGGAGUGGGUGAAGGGUAUCGGGUGCUACGUUUGGGACACUCCUGAGUUGGUGAUGGCUGAUAGGAACAAGGCUCUGUACAGUGAGAGACUCUACAAAGCCUCAUAUGAGAAGAACAGAGGAAACUUCAGAUACACAUGCGACACGCCGUACUUCGAGGCUACAAGGAACGCCUCGGUUCUGAUCAACGACAAAAUGUAUAAAUCCCGAGCAAAGGAUCUGCUAAAGAGUGGCUGCAAUGAGUUUCUCCGCCCUGACAUCCUCACAGCCCUUUGCCAGUCGGUUAUGGGCAGCAAGUGGAAGUACAGGGAGCAGUAUGAACGCGCCAAAGAUAAGUUCACGUCUGUUCUGGAGACUCCUGAGUACGAGACUCACAAACGCAGCAAGAAGAUCACUGAUGUCAUCUACAAGAUGGAGUACAACAAGACCAAAGCCAAGGGAUACACCUUGCCUUAUGACACUCCACACCAGCAGCACAUGAAGAAGGUCAAAGAGAUCACCAGCAACCUGAAAUACAAAGAGGUGUAUGAGAAGAGCAAAGCCCAGAUCAACAUGGACCCAGAGGCUCACGAGAUCCGUGCUGCCAAGGAGGCCUACAAGAACAUCAGCAACCUUGACUACAAGAAGAAGUAUGAGGCAACUAAGAACAAGUGGAUCUGGACAGCAGACAGACCAGAUUUUAUCAACGCUGCCAAAAACUCUCUGCAGCAGAGUGAUGUUGAGUACAAGUACGACAAAGAGAUGAUGAAGGGCUGUGUGAUACCUGUCGCGGACGACAAGUACACUCUCCUGUACAAGCAAAAUACUGAGAUGGCCAGUGACGUGAAGUACAAAGAGAAGUACGAGAAGACAAAGGGCCACUACGUACCUGUUCUGGAUACUCCUCAGAUUCUCCACGCCAAAGCCGUGCGCACGCUAGUAUCAGAGAGCAAAUACAAGCAGGAAAGCAAAAAGAUCAUGCAGUCCGGCUCAUUCACCAAGCUGGCUGAGACCCGCGACACCGCCCACAGCAGGGAGGUCAAGAAGCUGAUCAGCGAGAAACAAUACAAACAGAAGUUCGAGAAGGAGAGAGGCAAGUCGGUGUACAACCAAAUGAUCGCGCCACCUGAUGUUCAGCAUGCCAUGGACGUGGCGAAGAGUCAGAGCAACGUCGCCUACAAAAAGGAUGCCAAGGCCAACCUGCACUACACUACUGUAGUGGACCGUCCUGACAUCAUGAAGGCCACCCAGGCCGCUAAGCUCGUCAGUGAUAUCGGUUACCGUGAAAAGGCUCGCGAAGAGGCCAGUCGUGGAGGCUCCCUGAUCCACCGGCCAGACAUCGCUUUGGCAACCCACGUGUCCCAGCUGACCAGUCAGGUGGAGGGCAAGGCCUCCCUCCAUGGAGCAGCUUCCUAUGAUACCCCACUGAUGCGGCACAUUAAGAAAAUGAGUGCGGUGACUAGUGAUGUGAGGUACAAGGAGAAGUUUGACAAGGAGAUGAAAGGAAAGAAACCUCAAUUUGACCUGAAGGAGAGCAAGAUUUACCAAACCCUGAAGGACGCCAAUGACCUGGCUAGUGAGGUGAAGUACAAAGGCGACCUGAAGAAGAUCCACAAACCUGUGACUGACAUGGCCGAGUCUCUGUCCAUGCAGCACAGUCUGAGCACCAGCAAGCUCUCAAGUGACUACCGCUACAAGAGGAAAUUUGAGGAGAGUAAGGGUCACUACCACAUGAUUCCUGACACACCAGAGCAACUUCAUCUCAAGGAGGCCUCUGAGCUGCAGAGCAACGUUAAAUACAAGGAGAAGUACGAGAAGGAGAAGGGCAAACCCAUGCUGGACUUUGAGACUCCAACUUACGUGACGGCUAAGGAGGCCCAGCACAUGCAGAGCCAGAAAGACUAUAAGAAGGACUAUGAGGAGUUCAUGAGGGGGAAGAACCUCUCAGGCUUGGAGGUCACCCCUGCCAUGAUUCAUGUCAGACACGCCACCAAAAUAGCCAGCGAGAAAGAGUACAGGAAGGAUCUAGAGGAGGGAGUGAAGGGUAAAGGGCUAACAGUACUGGAGGAAACUCCGGAGCUUUUGAGGGCAAAGAAUGCCACUCAGAUCCUGUGUGAGAGGGAGUACAAGAAGGCGCUGGAGCAGGAGAUCAAGGGCAAAGGAAUGUUGGCUUUGGCUACCGACACGCCGGACUUUAUGCGAGCCAGGAACGCCACCGAAAUCCUCAGCCAGACCAAGUACAAGCAGAUUGCCGAGAUGGACCGAGCCAGCUACACCACCGUCAUCGACACGCCGGACAUCAUCCAUGCUCAGCAGAUGAGGAACAUCGUCAGCCAGAAAAAAUACAAAGAGGAAGCCGAGAAGACGAUGUCUCACUACGUGCCGGUCCUGGACACUCCAGAGAUGCAGAGAGUCCGUGAAAACCAGAGGAACUUCAGCACCCAUCAAUACCAGAUUGACCUAAAAAACACAAAGGGCAAAGUGUCUACUGUUAAGGACACUCCAGAAAUGCUCCGUGUUAAAGAAAAUACAAAGAAUUUCAGCUUGAUUCAUUACAAAGAAGACGUGGGCGGAGGGACGGCUCUGCCUGAAACCCCUGAGAUGGAGCGAGUAAAACGUAACCAGCGCAACAUUAGCACGAUACAGUACAAGGAGUCUGUGGGUCAAGGCACGACCAUACCAGACCUGCCCGAGGUGAAGCGGGUCCGAGAAACCCAGAAGAAUAUCAGUCUGCAUCGUUACAAAGAAGGAGUGGGACAGGGCACGUCCGUGCCGGAGACGCCGGAGAUGGAGCGAGUCAAACGCAAUCAGCAGAACAUUAGCACGAUAAAAUACAAGGACUCUCUGGGCCGAGGCACGGCCAUACCGGACCUGCCCGAGGUGAAGCGGGUCAGAGAAACCCAGAGGCACAUCAGCUCGGUGUUGUAUAAGGACAGUUCUGCCAAGGGAACGCCUGUGGUCUUUACUCCUGAGAUGGAGCGGGUCAAACGGAACCAGGAAAACAUUAGCUCGGUGCUGUACUCGGACAGCUUCCGCCGGCAGGUGCAGGGCAAGGCCGCCUUCGUUCUGGACACGCCCGAGAUGAGGCGCGUCAGGGAGACGCAGCGCAUCAUCUCCGGAGUAAAAUACCACGAGGACUUUGAGAAGAGCAAAGGCAGCUUCACCCCCACGACCUCCGACCCCGUGACGGAGCGCGUCAAGAAGAACAUGCAGGACUUCAGCGACAUCAGUUACCGUGGCAUCCAGCGGCGUGUGGUGGAGAUGGAGAGGAGACGCGCCAUGGAGCACGACCAGGAGACCAUCACCGAUCUGCGCGUGUGGCGCACCAACCCCGGCUCUGUGUUCGACUACGACCCAGCAGAGGACAACAUCCAGUCCAGGAGUUUGCACAUGAUGUCAGUGCAAGCGCAGCGCCGUAGCAAGGAGCACUCCCGCUCCACCAGCGCCCUGAGCGGCGUGGCCGACGAGAAGUCCGAGGUGUCGCAGGACGUCGACCACCACCUGUCUCUCUACAGCAACGGCUUCAUGGCCAGCUCCACGGGCUACCAGCAGACCAGGACCGUGGAGGUGCAGCAGAGGUCAUCGUCCGUGGCCACCCAGCAGACCACCGUCUCCUCCGUCCCCUCACACCCGUCCACCACUGGGAAAACCGUGCGCGCCAUGUACGACUACAUGGCGGCAGACAGCGACGAGGUGUCGUUCAAAGACGGCGACGUCAUCGUCAACGUGCAGGCCAUCGACGAGGGCUGGAUGUACGGCACCGUGCAGCGCACUGGCAAGACCGGCAUGCUGCCCGCCAACUACGUGGAAGCCAUCUAAGAGACAAAGCCCGCCCAUCGUCCCUCCAGAGUGGGCGAGACCCAUCCACAGGACAAGCUGGCCGGUCUUCCCGCCGUCCCCAACCGUGGCUUAGUGCAAUCUGCAGCUUUUCACCGUCUUGUUGCUUUUCGACAGUAUUUGAAUUGUGCUGUGCUUCUCGUUAAGUCCGUUGCCGUUCACACGCCGUUGCCGUGCUCCCUGUGGAUGUGACAUAAGCUUCAUGACGUGACGUUUUAACACUGGUUUCACUCAACACGCCUGCUAUAGAUGACGGACUGUUUCAGAUCGUUCCAAGACCCCCGCUGCGGGGAAACACGACUCGCUAGCAGACAACCUGACCCUCCCACUGUUUUGUACAUUUCAACGAUUUGAUGCCGUAAUUUAAUGUACCAUUUUUGUCCCGAUCCACCGUUUCCUUCUGAGAACCCUGACUAGACCCAGUAAUGACUAAGAUCUGAAUGCGUUUAGUGAGUUAGUUGUGCCACUUAUCCUCCAUGAUUAAACCUCUCCAAAAGAGUUGUAUGAAUUAAGCCUCCUUUUGAAACGAAGGCUGGCUGACAGCAUUUUAUGUGUGUUUUGUUUCUUCCGAUUAUUUGGGUCCUGACUGAAGGCCGUCCUCUACGUUUAAUCAGUAGUUAAUAAAGCACACAACCUCCUGCA